AUGUCGUAUAUGUUACCUCAUUUGGAGAAUGGAUGGCAGGUAGACCAGUCCAUUCUCGCGGAAGAAGAUAGAGUUGUUGUAAUUCGGUUUGGACACGAUUGGGACCCAACUUGCAUGAGAAUGGAUGAGACUCUCUUCAAGAUUGCUCCUAAAGUAAAGAACUUUGCUGUGGUCUACCUCGUAGAUAUCUCGAAGGUGCCGGAUUUCAACAAGAUGUACGAGUUGUACGAUCCUUGUACCGUCAUGUUCUUCUUCAGAAAUAAACAUAUAAUGGUUGAUUUGGGAACCGGUAAUAAUAACAAAAUCAAUUGGGCUAUUGGAGAUGGACAAGAACUCAUUGAUAUCAUCGAGACUGUAUAUAGAGGAGCUCGUAAAGGACGUGGUUUGGUUGUUUCACCAAAAGAUUACUCAACCAAGUAUAAAUAUUGA